AUGCUAGCGUUCAUAUCAAGAUGGAUGUCAUUGAAAGUUAUGUACCAGAACAGAAUUUAUUGGACCAAGCGGCUAUUCUGUUGUUGGAAGCAGCUGAGUUUUUCAGAUCUCAUGUUCCUCCGAAAUAUAAAUUGGCUAUUAAAUGUUUAAAGUACCAUAGUAUGGAAGAGCUAGGUGUUGAAUAUACAAGAUAUCGUCUAGAAAUAGCCUGCUUGAUUGCUGAGGUGUACAUGCAGCUGAAAAUUCUCGAACCGGUAAAGCAGCUGUUAAGAAAAGAAUCUGUAUAUUCUCGUGAAUUCCCACUCAUCCAUGCACGUCUUCUGUUUCUUCUUGCGGAAAUUUAUGGAAACAUGAAUGAUUGGAAUAAUGCGAGUGAAGUGGUAGAAGUGGGAGCAUCAUUAUUUGAUCAGCUUGGUGAUCCAGCUUUGGAAUGCUAUUUUCGUCUUUCAUCUGCUAUGAUUAUAUCAAUGGAUUUAAGUCGAGAAGAUGAAUUAAUGAAAUGUAUAAUGGAAGUAAGCGAGAAAUUGGUUACUCUAAAUGCCGACAAUGCUUGUUUGGAUUAUAUCAAAGCUUUCUGCUGCACCGUUCAAAUUUGUUUUUUUAUCUCAACUGGUUUGUUGAAAAGCACGAAAGUUUGUUUGCGGCAGUUACAAACUUUAGUCCAAACGAUGAAGUUAUCCUAUGAUGAGGUUGAUCAAGCAGCACUUCCAACUUUUGAUUGGAUGGGGAAAGAAGCAUUGGUUGCUCUUACUUAUGUGCUUACAGUCAUACAAAGUUUGCAAACGUGUCAAAUUGAAAGAGCGCAUAAAUAUCAUACGAUUGCUAUGCGACAUAUAAGCGAUAUGCGGCGUCUGAUGGCAAAAUCAGAGUGGCCUGUAGUUAAACGUGGAUCAUUGGAUUCUUUGGCUGCUUUUGAAAUUGUAUUAUUGGAGAAUAUUUCUGCAGCACAAUUGAUGCUUGCGCGACCAAUAGAUACUAUAAAUGUUUUAGGGCAUAUGAUGGAACGGAUGCGACAAAGCGUGGAUUUAUUCAAUCAUUUUGAAGCUCAACUUCAUACUCUUUUAGGUAUGUAUUGUUGGUUUGUGCAUCUACCAAAUGAAGCAGAGCGACAGUUCGAGGCUGCUCUACGAACAGCCAAAGAUACAGAGUCGUGGACGGUAGUAAAUUUAAGCUUGGCUAUCUUAUAUUUGAUGACUUGCCGCGAAGCAGAUUUUUAUGGAUUAUUCGAAAGAAUCACGCCUGGUAAGCUGCAGUCUAGUUCCCCUCUUCUCAAGGCUUCCGCUCAUUUUGUUCAUGCUUUGCACUCAUAUUUGCAUUCCAGGUUGCAGGAAGCCAAAAGUCAUAUCACAGAUAGUGUAACAAUUGUGCGUGAUGAAGGUGUUCCUCGAAUACAAGCUCUUGCAACUCUUCUGUCUGCAAAAUUAGUUGCUGUCGAUGUACCUGAUAUGCUCGUAGCUGCUAAUAAUUUCGCUACAAAAAGUUCUGAUCAUUCCUUGGCAUUAUGGUUGAAUCAAAUUAUAUAUGAAACCCAAAUGCAAUACGGACAUGUUGAGCAGGCGAAAAGUGUUAAAAUGAAAUUCGAUCAAAUGCAAGCGCAUAUUUCACAAGCUGUGCAAGAUGCUGUCAAUUCACAAGCGCAUUCAUUAAUUCAGGUUGUCCCUAUUUACAUGUUUUAAGU